AUGCCUACUAAACCGUCUUUCGAUUCCCUGCCGUUGAGAAAAGAUGGCCCACAUGGCAAUGCCUGGGGUCUCUUUGGUGACGAAGAUGAGUGCGGAAUGCUUAACUUGCUGACUCCCGAGAAGACGGCCAAGGCAGCGGCGGAAAUUCGAGAUGGUGUGCGGGUGUCUACUGACUGGCCUUUGAAUCGGAUGUCAAGGCCUUGCUUUGGUCGGGCACCUUUUGAGCAUAAUAUCAAGAACAAGGCCCCGCGCGCUGUCAAUGAUGACACUUUGACCUUUAACACGCAGAGUAGCUCGCAGUGGGAUGGAUUCCGUCAUUAUGCGUACCAGAAGGAGAAGUUGUGGUUUAACGGAAAGACGCUUGAUGACAUUCUCUCAACGAGUGUUAACGGGACUCAAGCAUGGGUCGAACGGGGCGGCAUCGUCGGUCGCGGUGUUCUAUUAGACUACGCAGCAUGGGCAGAUGCCAAGAACAUUGAGAUCAAGGCAUUCGAAACAAACUCGAUAACAGUUUCAACACUCAAAGAAGUCGCGAGCAGUCAGGGAACCACCUUUGAAGAAGGCGACAUCCUCUUUAUCCGAACAGGUUGGACCCGCGCCUACGACAAGCUAUCCGACGACGAAUGCAAGACAUUGGCAGAUUACAAAACCCCACCAGCCAUCGGCAUCGAGUCCUCGGAGGAAACACUGCGAUGGCUAUGGGAUCAGUCGUUUGCGGCUGUGGCAGGUGAUCAUCCAUCCAUGGAGGCAUGGCCCUGUCAGAACCAAGACUUUUGGCUGCACGAGUGGCUUCUCGCUGGAUGGGGAAUGCCAAUUGGCGAGCUUUUUGAUCUAGAACAGUUGAGUCAGGAGUGUCAGAAACGUGGUAGGUGGUCUUUUUUCUUCUCCAGCAUGCCGCUCAAGGUGCCUGGAGGUGUCGCUAGCCCACCGAACGGAGUUGCUAUCUUUUAA